AUGCAAUUCAAGCUCUUCGCCUCUACUCUGGCUGUUGCCGCCACCCUUGCUGCCGCCACAGACAUCCCCGCCAGCCAGUGCAACACUGGGAACCUCCAGUGCUGCAACACCACCGGCACGGCUAAGGACUCCGCUAUUGCUGGCCUCCUCGCUCUCGUGGGCGUCGUCGUCCAGGAUAUCACUGCGAUUGUUGGUGUCAACUGCAGCCCUAUCAGUGUCAUCGGUGUUGGAGGCAACUCCUGCACUGCGCAGCCGGUCUGCUGCACCAACAACCAAUUCAAUGGCGUCGUUGCGCUCGGCUGCACCCCCGUCAACAUCAACUUGUAA